AUGGCUACAAUCACGCAAACCGACACCGCUACGUCUGAACCCGUCUUUGAGCUUCGCGAUACAACAAACCCAACAGGUCGCUCACUCAACGAUGACCCUCCGCCAACAUCAUCCGACAAGCCAAAUACCACAGAACUUCUCAAAAUCUUCAGUGCUGGCUUCUCAUUCUUUGUCGCAGGCGUUAAUGAUGGGAGCAUUGGAGCGUUGGUGCCUCACAUCAUUCGCGACUACGACGUCACGACCGCCAUUGUCUCAUCAGUAUAUGGAGCCAACUUCAUGGGCUGGUUCUCUGGCGCCUUUUCAAACACUCAUCUUUGUCAGAUAUUUGACCUCGGCUCCAUGCUUGCCCUGGGUGCUGUCCUGCAAGUCAUAGCUCAUGCUCUCCGGGCCUGGAAACCACCAUUUGCCCUAUUCGCUGUCACAUUCUGGCUGGCAAGUCUAGGACAGGCGUACCAGGAUACCCACGGAAACACCUUUGUUGCUGGAACCAAGAGUUCGCAUCGAUGGCUAGCUUUCAUCCAUGCCAUGUACAUGGCUGGGUGUCUUGUUGGACCGUUUGUGGCGACGGGUAUAGCGUCAGUGGGGAGCACUUCGAGGUGGUACCUCUUUUACACUUUCCCGCUCGCUAUUGGCGUUUUCAACGUCGCGUUUGUGAUGUACGCGUUCUGGGAUACCCUCAAACUCAAGAGACAGCAGAAGCCGACUGAGAGGACACUGGAGGCUGACGAGUCGCCUGCAUCGAGAAGCGAAGAUGCGUUCUCCCUGAUCAAGGAGACCCUCAGAAACAAGAAUGUCUGGCUUGUUAGCAUCUUUUUCUUCUUUUACAUCGGCGCUGUACUUACUGCCAGCGGAUGGGUUGUUGAGUACCUUGUCGAUGUUCGUAAUGGUGAUAUUAACCAGAUGGGCUUUGUCUCUGCUGGAUUUAAUGGAGGAUCGCUACUCGGAAGACUUUUUCUCGCUGAGCCUAUUCAUAGAUUUGGGGUCCGAAGAAUGAUCUUUGGAUUCACCAUCAUCAGCAUUGCAUUACAACUCUUAUUCUGGCUCGUUCCAAAUAUCAUUGCUGCAUCCAUAGCCAUUAGUCUGCUAGGGUUCUUCAUGGGUCCAUACUUUGCCACAGGCAUUAACAUCGCUUCCAAAUUGGUCAACCUUCGUAUUCAGUCUACGGCUUUAGCAUUUGUCUUUGUUUUUGCUCAGCUUGGAGGUUGUUUGUUCCCCAUCAUCACCGGUCUUGUUGCAGCUAGUGUUGGCGUGGGAGUCCUGCAGCCUGUUCUGUGUGCGCUGUUGGUUGCCACAUCUGUCUCAUGGUUGUUUGUUCCGAUGCCUAAGGAGACCGAUAACCCGACAUUGCACCAAGAGUGA